CGUCCGGGUCCUACCAAGGUGCCCCGGGGAAGUGGCCGCGCGGAGCAAGCGAGGGAGCGAGCAAGCGGAGGCGGCGCGCGGGGCAUGGCUGGCGGGCGCCGUCUCGGGAGGACGCGGCAGAGCCUCUGGCUGGAGUGACCCUCGCCCUGCGCGGGUGUGUGGUAGAGGCAGACUUUCCUUCAGACACUCAUGCUGAAGAACUUCUGCACCUGAUGAGUCUACCAGAUACUGCAAAUGGCUUAACUCCAGCUAUUUUGCACUUGCUAUUUGGACAUGUAACCAUUGCUAUAGAGAUGAAAACUUAUGACAAGUGGAAACAUAUACCUGAAAGGAACCACCUGAAAUAGGAAUUCACGUUGUUGCAAAAUGGGAAUGCUUUGUUCAGUUAUCAGGUUUGAAAAUCUCCAUGAACUGAAGCGACUGUGCCACUGGGGCCCCAUCAUAGCUCUCAGUGUAAUAGCAAUAUGUUCUGCCAUGGCUAUGAUCGAUGCUGUUCUGUGGUACUGGCCUUUGGAUACAACAGGAGGAAGUAUCAAUUUCAUCAUGCUCAUCAAUUGGACUGUUAUGAUUCUCUACAAUUACUUCAAUGCCAUGUUUAUUGGGCCUGGAUACGUUCCCUUUGGAUGGAAACCAGAAAACUCUCAGGACUGCAUGUAUCUACAGUACUGUAAAAUAUGCCAGUCUUACAAGGCUCCCCGCUCUCAUCACUGCCGAAAGUGUAACAGGUGUGUGAUGAAGAUGGACCAUCACUGUCCCUGGAUCAAUAACUGCUGUGGGUUUCAGAAUCAUGCCUCCUUCACUCUCUUUCUUCUGCUAGCCCCUCUUGGAUGUAUCCAUGCUGCUUUCAUUUUUGUCAUGACCAUGUACACUCAGCUUUAUAACAGGGUAUCCUUUGGCUGGAGUUCUGUCAAGAUUGAUAUGAGUGCCGCCAGAAGAGACCCCCGCCCAAUCAUUCCAUUUGGGUUGUCUGCAUUUGCUGCAUCUUUAUUUGCUUUGGGGCUGGCACUGGGAACAACUAUAGCUGUUGGUAUGUUGUUUGUUAUCCAGUUGAAAGUCAUUUUAAGAAACAAAACUUCAAUAGAAUCAUGGAUUGAAGAAAAGGCCAAAGACCGCAUCCAAUAUUACCAAACAAGAGAGACCUUUAUUUUUCCGUAUGACCUGGGAAGCAAGUGGAACAACUUCAAGCAAGUGUUCACAUGGUCUGGAAACCCAGAGGGUGAUGGCUUGGAGUGGCUCACAAAGGAAGGCUGCCAUCAGUACAGUUUGACUAUAGAGCAACUGAAACAAAAAGCAGACAAGCGAGUGAGAAGUGUGCGGUACCAAGCAAUAGAAGACUACAGUGGUGCCUGUUGCCCUCUUACCAAAGGCUUGAGGACAUUCAUCACAACUCCAUGCACUGAAGAACCAAGAAUUUCGCUUCGCAGAGGGGAUCAGAUUUUAGCCACCAGAGGCUUGAAACACUGGAUGUAUGGAGACAAAAUUGACUCGGCAACUGAUGACGGCAACAGAAUCAGAGGUUGGUUUCCAAGGAGGUGCGUAGAGAAAUGCCUGUAUGAUUCUGAAACAGAUCAGCCAUCGGACAAGGAGAAGAAAACAAGAUAACCCUUUCCCUGCCUUGCUUUUGGAAACUGAAAGGUUCCUUUUGGACCACUGUCCUUUUACUUGAAAUGUUCUGUACAUUGUUCAGUUCAUAAAUCUAUAGCAAAGUGUUUUCAUAUGUGUGAAUGCUCACAAGGAUGGCUCCCCUAGUGCCAUAAUCUUAAGUACUUUUUGCCAUUUAUAAAAUGGAGAAAGCCAUUCCAUUAAUGCCUUUUGAUAUUAAAACUUUGCAGGACAGAACAUUUGACCUGUUUUCCUUUGUAUUUAAUUUUAGUACUGCUCACUUAAAAGUAUCUUGUUUUAUAUUACAUUCCACUGGCCUUUCACCCCCACCUUGGAAACUGGGGAAAACAUUUGGUUUAGUGAACGCCAAUGCUGGUAAAAGAUUUGAUAUCUAGGAUUAUUUUAAAUUUUGAAAUCAUGUGCAUUUCCCCCCCAGAAUCACACACACAUGUAUUAUGUAUGUAUUAUUAUUCUAUGGUGCAUAGUGGCAGGUGAGCUUACUGCUAAAUUGCUGGAGAAUUUUUGCAGUAAAUUUUUGUAGUAAAGAGGAAAAAGUUGUAUAUUUGUCGUGAGCCUAAAGACACAAUACCACAUUGCAUGUGUAGUACCUUCAUUAAGUUAUUCCUGUUUGCACUGAUGGCUGAAUGAUGUGAAAAUUGACUUUAAUAGGUUGUAUGUUGAUGAGAAUUAACAAUGGGUCAUUUGUUCAUCUAUGUUAAAGCAGGUAGUCUUAACUCAGGACCUCCUUUUCUUCUCUUUCCUAUGCCAAAUCCUCUGGUUGUCUGAACUUCUUUCUCAUAGGCCACGGGUGUUAAUUUUUUUCACGAAAUUUGUUAGCUGCCCCUCAGCAUAGGACAGGUUACAGUUAAAAUACGGUAAUCAAAGCAAUAAAAUGCAUGGAGAAACAGCAACGCCAAUAAAAGCCAACUGAACAAC